AUGUCGUUACCGUAUCUUGGUCAACAAAUAACAAUUUACUUUGGUUCCUUUCUGGUCGUAACUGGCGUAGUUGGGAAUAUCAUUAAUAUAACAGUGUUUGCAAGUAUUCGUUCUUAUCGUACGACACCUUGUACGUUUUAUUUUCUCGUUGGAUCAUUUUUUGACAUUCUGUACAUUAUGCUUAAUCUUGUUUCUCGUAUUGCAAUAUCAGGCGUUCGAUUUGACUUAACUCGAACAUCCGUUAGUUGGUGUAAAACAAGAAACUUUUCUCUUGCUUUCGUCAGUCUAUGCAGUUUAACUUGCUCGUGCUUGGCAACGAUCGACCAAUAUUGUGCGACAUCGAAAAAUAUCUCCAUUCGUCGUUUGAGUAACAUCAAAAGAGCACCUGCAGUACUGAUCAUUAUGAUUAUCAUUUGGCUUUGUCAUGUGUAUAUUCUUACGCUUAACUGUAUCAUUCCUGUGUUAAUAAUGAGCAUCUUCGGUUAUCUCACUUAUCGGAAUAUUCAUUUAACGCGAUCGCUUGCUGAACAACAAGCGGAUCGUCAAUUGAUGAAAAUGAUUUUAAUUGAAACCGUAUUAGUUAUAAUCAGUUACAUACAAUAUGGAGUCAAUGGUGCUUAUACAAUAAUUACUGCUGGAAUGGUCAAAGACAACAAUCGACUAAGCAUUGAAAAUUUUGUUGCCACGUUGUCGAAUUUGAUGUGUUAUUUAUAUUUUUCGGGAAGUUGUUAUAUGUUUAUGUUGUCAUCGAGUCGUUUUCGUGCAGCAGUCAAACGACUAUGUUGCUGUCUGCGAGCAACAAAUCAGAUCAAUCCAAAUAUCUAA